AUGACCCAUAGUAAAACGCGUCGAGAGGAGCAAAGAAGUUAUUUGUUGAAUCACGCAGAUCCUCGUCCGUUGAACUUUUUUUCGAGGUUCAAAUAUCGUAGUAGUUCAAAGGCUCGUCACGAGUACGGAUUGAGGCUAAACCAGGCUUUGCAAGAAGCGCCAGAUUCUAGGAAGUUAUUAAAUCUGAGAGGAAAAUGGGAUAAUGACGAAUAUAGGGAUGAUUGGGCACGUUAUGAAGAUUUGCUAGAAGAUAGAAAAACCGAU